AUGGGAAGAGGAUGUGUGGACCCGGUUAGUGUGGAUCCACCGGUAGCAAAGGUGUCGUCGCAUCGGUCGCAGGAGAGACCCCUGCCCCCGUGCCGUGCUGCACUAGAUGCUCAGAGAAACCUGAAAAGUAAGAUACUCACCGUGAUACGAGCUAAAGCUAAAACUUACCCAGCACGACUCGAAGCCCAGAGAAACCUGAAAAGUAAGAUACUCACCGUGAUACGAGCUAAAGCUAAAACUUACCCAGCACGACUCGAAGCCCAGAGAAACCUGAAAAGUAAGAUACUCACCGUGAUACGAGCUAAGGCUAAAACUUACCCAGCACGACUCGAAGCCCAGAGAAACCUGAAAAGUAAGAUACUCACCGUGAUACGAGCUAAGGCUAAAACUUACCCAGCACGACUCGAAGCCCAGAGAAACCUGAAAAGUAAGAUACUCACCGUGAUACGAGCUAAGGCUAAAACUUACCCAGCACGACUCGAAGCCCAGAGAAAUCUGAAAAGUAAGAUACUCACCGUGAUACGAGCUAAAGCUAAAACUUACCCAGCACGACUCGAAGCCCAGAGAAAUCUGAAAAGUAAGAUACUCACCGUGAUACGAGCUAAAGCUAAAACUUACCCAGCACGACUCGAAGCCCAGAGAAAUCUGAAAAGUAAGAUACUCACCGUGAUACGAGCUAAAGCUAAAACUUACCCAGCACGACUCGAAGCCCAGAGAAAUCUGAAAAGUAAGAUACUCACCGUGAUACGAGCUAAAGCUAAAACUUACCCAGCACGACUCAAAGCCCAGAGAAACCUGAAAAGUAAGAUACUCACCGUGAUACGAGCUAAGGCUAAAACUUACCCAGCACGACUCAAAGCCCAGAGAAACCUGAAAAGUAAGAUACUCACCGUGAUACGAGCUAAGGCUAAAACUUACCCAGCACGACUCAAAGCCCAGAGAAACCUGAAAAGUAAGAUAUUCACCGUGAUACGAGCUAAGGCUAAAACUUACCCAGCACGACUCAAAGCCCAGAGAAACCUGAAAAAAGCCAUCCUUACCCAGCACAACUCGGAGCCCAGAGAAACCUGUAAAACCAGACAACCACCGUGUUAUGAGUCAAAAGAGGAACCUAGGAGCCCCGAGAAGUCCUUCCCUGUAGAAGGUGGGCCGAGGUCGAAGGAGCUCCGCCCGGCCCUUGCCCUGCUAUUCCCAGAUCCCCAGGAACCAGGCUUCUCUCCCUCCAACGUCACUUGGCCCUCCAACGGCCAGAAGGCCGACAGUGCCCAAUGUCCGGACCCCCAAAAACAGAAGGCGGGACAGACGGUCUCCGCCCAGGAAGUGGGCCCGGAACCCAGCACCGCUCGGCCCGCUGACCCCGAACAGGACACAGGACCCGCCGUACAGGAACGCUCGCGGGGCUCACUGACCAAGCUCCAUCGCGGCGACAGUCCGACGUACAAACACUCCCACGGGAUCCGCCGACCAGGAACUUCCCGCGAAUCUCGCCAUCCCGGCACUUAUCCGCGGGGCUCACUGACCAGCACACUCCCGUGGGGCUCGUCGAUCCGGAUCCGUCCCGCGGAGCUCCCCGAACAGGAACACUCCCGCAAAGCUCGUCGAACAGUAGCCCUACCGAAGACUCCACUGAUCAGGAACACCCCCGCAGGGCUCACUGCACGGCAACAGGAACACAACGGCACAGACAACGGCAGGACGGGGCAGGACUGGACAGACAUCAGGACAAAGCAGGACUGGACGGACAACAGCAGACUCGACGACCAGGUAAACUUGAAAAAACAAAAGAGCUGUCUGCUGGGUUCCAGAAUGGCCGGUUCAUUCUGUCAGGGUGUGGUGGUGGAUAGAACCCAAGCGCAGACAGCUCAUACUAAAAGACGUUUAAUUAUCAGUUGUGGAGAUCAGAUUGAUCAGAUUCACCUCUGCAGCUCCAUCAUGGAUCAAACACAAACAUCAGCAAAUGAAGAUUUUUCUACUGGAUGCAGUUCAGAUCAUCAGAAGAGAUCAGAUCCAGAGUUUAGCUGUGUGUCUAUGAAGAGUGACGUGUCUAUUCAUCAACCAGUAAAUUUUAAGAGUAAUGAUACAAGGCUUAAUCUAAGUUCAGAUCAUCAGAAGAGAUCAGAUCCAGAGUUCAGCUGUGUGUCUAUGAAGAGUGAUGUGUCUAUUGAUCAUCCAGUAAAUUUUAAGAGUGAUGAUACAAGGCCUAAUCUAAGGUCAGAUCAUCAGAAGAGAUCAGAUCCAGAGAUCAGCUGUGUGUCUAUGAAGAGUGAUGUGUCUUUGUUUCAACCAGUACAUUUUAAAAGUGGUGAUACACGGCCUGAUAACAGACCAGAUGUAACCGAACCCGACUGUGAGGGUAGGAAGAUUGAGCAAUCUGAGAAUUGCUCAAUGAGUCCUCAUUUCAGCCAUGAGUCUAAUCUUGCUGAUGUCCUGGACACAUUCAGAUCAAAUCUGAGGAAGAAGUUUGAGUGUUUGUAUGAGGUAACAUCAAAUAAGAGAAACCCAACACUACUGAAUGAUAUUUACACAGAGCUCUACAUCACAGAGAGUGAAAGUGGAGAGAUCAGUAAUGAACAUGAGGUGAGACAGAUUGAGACACAAUCCAGAAGAACAACAACAGAGGAGACACCAAUCAAAUGUAAUGACAUCUUUAAACCUUUACCUGAACAAGACAAACACAUCAGAAGUGUGCUGACAAAGGGAGUCGCUGGCAUUGGAAAAACAGUCUCUGUACAGAAGUUCAUUCUGGACUGGGCUGAAGAGAAAGAGAAUCAGGACGUCCACCUCAUAUUUCCACUUCCUUUCAGAGAGAUCAAUUUGAUGAAGAACAAAACACUCAGUCUUUUAGAUCUUCUUCAUCUUUUCUUCCCACAAACAAAAGAAAUGGAAAUCUUCAGUGAUGAAUAUAAAGUGUUGUUCAUCUUUGAUGGUUUGGAUGAGUGUCGUCUGUCUCUGGAUUUUCACAGCAGUGUGAGGUUGUGUGAUGUAAGUGAAUCAACCUCAGUGGACGUGAUGCUGACAAACCUCAUCAAGGGGAAUCUGUUUCCUUCUGCUCUCAUCUGGAUCACCUCCAGACCAGCAGCAGCUGAUCUCAUCCCCUCUGAGUGUGUUGAUCGAGUCACAGAGGUACGAGGCUUCAGUGAUCCACAGAAGGUGGAAUACUUCAGAAAGAGAAUCAGUGAUGAGAGACUGGCCAACAGAAUCAUCUCACACCUGAAGUCAUCCAGGAGUCUCUACAUCAUGUGUCACAUCCCAGUCUUCUGCUGGAUUUCAGUCACUGUUCUAGAGAGAAUGUUGAGUGAAGCAGAGAGUCAAGAGAUCCCCAAGACUCUCACACAAAUGUACACACACUUCCUGAUCAUUCAGACAAACAUCAAACAUCAGAAGGACUAUGAGAAGAAAGAUGAAGACAUGAUCUUCAAACUGGGGAAACUGGCUUUUGAGCAGCUUGUGAAAGGCAAUCUGAUCUUCUAUGAUGAAGACCUGAGAGAGUGUGGCAUUGAUGUAGCAGAAGCAUCAGUGUACUCAGGAUUGUGUACUCAGAUCUUCAGAGAGGAGUUUGGUUUGUAUCAGGGGAAAGUUUACUGCUUUGUUCAUCUCACCAUCCAGGAACAUCUAGCAGCUCUUUAUGCUCACCUCUCCUUCACAGACAACAACAUAUAUGUGUUUGUUAAAAUUCCUAAACCAGUUCGGCUUUUUAACAUUUUGGACAUGGUAAAACAUAAAUCAUCAGAAGAGGAUUCAUUGUCUGAGUUACAUCAGCGUGCUGUAGAUGAAUCUUUACAGAGUAAGAAUGGACAUCUGGAUCUUUUCCUGCGUUUUCUUCUGGGUCUUUCACUGGAGUCCAAUCAGAUUCUCUUACAGGAUCUACUGACACAGAUGAGAAGAUGCUCCUACAAGAAAAAGAAAACUGUUAAGUACAUUAAACAGAAGAUGAAUGAGAAUCUGUCUCCAGAGAAAUCCAUCAAUCUGAUUCACUGUCUGAAUGAACUGGGUGAUGAUUCACUGCUGCAGGAGAUUCAACGUUAUGUGACAUCUUAUUCAGUAGGAAAGACUAAACUCUCCUCUUCACAGUGGACAGCUUUAGUUUUUGUGCUGUUGACGUCUGAGCAAGAUUUGGAUGAACUUAAUCUAAGAUCAUUUAUUGGAAAAAAAAAUACAGCAGAUGAAGUUCUUGUGAAACUGCAGCCUGUGAUUAAAGAAACCAAAAAACUACAGUAAGUAAAACUAACAACAAUCAGAUGACGGUUUACAUAUUAA